UUUUUUUUUUUUUAUUUUCUCAAUAAUCGUCAAUAAAUAAACGAUAGCUAAAUAGGUCUCGUUUUUGGAGAAUUUAUUCGUUUUUGGAUGCAAUAUUUGAUUUUUUAAAAGUGUUUAUUAAUUUAUUCCAAUCACCGAUUAAUUUGCAAACUCCACAAAAAAAUAAAACAAAUAUUAAUGAUUAAUUUCUACAAAUAACCAUAAUGUAAGAGGAAAUUAUUUUAAUAUGUGUAUCGAAAAACUAAUCGUUUUUUAAUACAAGAUAUAGGUGGAAUGUAUGUUGAACGGCGGCCGUUGUUUAAAUUAAUAGUUUCUUAUACUAAAACGAACGCUUCUUUGGAUAGGCGAAAGUUUUGAAAAAAUCUGUGAAAAUUAUUAUCAAAAUGGUAAUGUACACUUUCAUAUGCGUUGGAAGAGACAAAGAUUUGAUUUUUGUAACUAAGUUGCCUUCUUAUUCAUAUCGUACCUAUAUAAUUUUUGAAAAUUUUCAUUUUCCAAAAUAAGUGCGUUUAAACGUCGAAAAAUCUUGCUAUAGCUGGAUCAAUAUGAAUUUUUUUAAUGACCCAAAAGUUAAAACUUACAUACAUUGAAUAUACUUUUGGAAAAUGCGUAAAUUGUUUUGUUACACAUAUUAAAAUAAUUUACUCUAACAUUAUGGUUAUUUGUAGAAAUUAUUCAUUAAUAUUUUUUUUUGUUUGUGGAGUUUGCAAAUUAAUCGGUGAUUGGAAUAAAUUAAUAAACACUUUUAAAAAAUCAAAUAUUGCAUUCAAAAACGAAUAAAUUCUCCAAAAACGAGACCUAUUUAGCUAUCGUUUAUUUAUUGACGAUUAUUGACGAUUAUUGAGAAAAUAAAAAAAACAAUUUCAAUUUCAGGAAUUGAACCUCGGAUACCCGAGUAACAGGCAACUCUACCGCGUGGCAGUCAUCUUGACGUUGGUGCGGUGGCUUGAGUUUCAAAGAUUCAUCUGAUCUACCGUGUUUGGGGAAACCUAAAUCGGCAGUAAUUUUGAGGAGUUACGACCAAGAACUGCCACCCCUAAUCCAAGGUGAUGUAACCGUGCCUAUUGGAGUGGUUUGCAGCCAGGGGUAUCCGGCUGUAUUUUAACGGUGCCUCUUUGAAACCGGGUCGAAUCAAAGAGUAUCAAGACCUUAUCUUAUCAUGCGGAGCUCUGAUAUGAUGGACUUUUUUUUUUUUAUUCUCUAGCUUAACGUGGGAACUAACCAAAAAUACAUUAAAAUGUCAAAAAAAUCAAACAACAACAAAAAUUUUAAAAAAAUCGUUGUCCAGCGGGAUGUCACCGCCAGCGAUUUAGCGAGUCAGAUGGAGAGAGAUCUCCAUGGCGACGACUCGAAACCGGGGUGCAGCAAAAAAGGUGCAAAGCCAAAGCAGCAUAAAAAGAACCGGUUAGCUCAAGGUGCGGUAUCAUCAGAAGCUAGCAGCGGGAGUAUCCCUCCUAAUGUAGUGGAAGAUGGUACUAGGGCCGAAGUAGAUGCUAAAGAUGGGAACAAACCAUCAGAAGCAGAAUCGAUUCCAUCGACAAUAACCAUAAAAGCACGCACUAAUCCGAAUCCGGGUUCAGGUGGUCAAAACGACUCACUAUACCGUGAUUCGCUUAGUGGAGCGGGCAAGAAAUGGGAUAGCAGAUUCCUGAGGCAAGGCUUGUCUCGGGAAGAAGCCAAGAAAAAGAUGGAGGAGAGAAAGCUAGCAAAUUCAAGCGAACCACCCAAAAGCCAAGACCAGGGUAAGCGGAAGAGCAGCCAAAUAACUCCUCCUCAGAGGCAAGAAGUUAAAAAGCCCAGGACAAAUGCAACUGUCGAAACGGGACUUAGUACCGUCAAGGCAGGUGCUGAAGCACUGGGCUUAAGCUAUGCAAGUGUGGCAACUGGAGUUAAGGUUGCGGUCCUACCUAAGGAUUUUCCUGAGGCAUCUCUCAGUGCUGACGAACUGUCAACACUGGAAGAGGCCAUAAUUGAGGAGGUGUUCUUGGGAUGGACACACAAACUUAAAUUCAAUGGACUGCAUUAUAGAACAGGCUUCCUUUUAGUCGACUGCGUAGGGCAACCUACAGCAGAUUGGCUAAAACUAAAAGCCUCAGAAUUGCAAAAUUGGAAGGGUACCGAAUUGAUGGCAUGCUUGGGAGACGAUAUCCCCAAAAUGCAGCACAUCACUGUAUUCCUUCCAAAAAGCAGUGGGCAAGAGGACAGGAAGUCAUUGGCUCUUAUCCAAGCCCAAAAUGAAGGACUGGCAAUCCAGGCCUGGAAGGUGCUCAAAAGCACGGCAGAAGGAAAGGCGCAACUGAUGGUGAUCAGCAUUGAUGCCAAGUCGGCCGAGGCUAUAGUGAAGGCUCAACAUGAACUUCACUAUAAAUUCGGCAAAAUUGGUGUAUCAGGCCUAAAGAAACCAUCAGUGCCUACUACCUUGCAUAAGCCUGAAAACGUAGCACCCGAAGGGACCCAAGAGGUAGAAAUGUCAGAUGCCCCAAUUCCCAAAAGCAUCAUACGUCCUACCCGUUUUCCUACUACAGAUUACAAUCAACCCAAUGAAACCCCACCCACAAACUCCCUACCACCCCUACAAAACACCCAACAAUCCCUCCCAUCCGGCAGCCAGGCAGAUUCACUGGACCUCAUGGGUAUGGAAAAGGUUCGUCUCGACGAUGAGUUAGAGGGCAUGGACCUCACCUUGAGUCAAGCCAGGUCAGACGUGCUUCCUACCGAGGAGGAAGAAAACCAUCUGUUAGCAGAUGAGGGGGCAAUAGUCCCCAUCUGUUAAACUCAAAAUGAACGGACGCGGGAUCACCAAGCUAGCCCAAAUUAACCUCCACCACGCAAAAGCGGCAUCAGCCGUCCUGGAAAGGAAGUUUGCAAAGGAGAAUUUGGGACUAGCACUGAUCCAAGAACCUUGGACCUACAAAGGUCAGGUAAGAGGUCUAAAUAGUAGUAACUCUGAUUUGAUAUGGGACACGAGGCACGACUCGCCCAGAGCUUGCAUAAAAAUAAGAAAUAAUAUAAAAUUUAUAUGUCUUUCAGAAUUUAUGACGAGGGAUCUGGUACCGAUCCAGACCCAAAUUGAUUGUGAUGGUAUACCUCAAACGAUUGUUGUUAUGGCGGCUUACUUCUCAGGUGACGAUGACAACAUUCCACCGACGGUGGUACAACGGCUGGUCGAUUACUGCAAAA